UGGAUUUUUACAACCUAUCCAACCACCGAAUGAUGUUUUUCAAAUACUAGGAAUGGAUUGGUGGGGACCUACUAUUCCUUCACUUUCUGGAAAUCGAUAUGUUCUUGUUGUAACUGAUCGUCUUUCCGGUUAUGUUUUUGCUACAGCAUCACCUACCAAUACGGCUCAAGAUACUGCUCGAAUCUUAAUGGAAAAAAUUAUUUUAGUUCAUGGUCCACCAGAUAUAUUAAUCACUGAUCAAGGUACCCACUUCAAGAAUGAAUUAUUACAAGCUAUAUCAAAAUUAGUGGGUUGUGCUCAUAUUUUUUCAACACCAUAUCAUCCACAAACAAAUGGACAAACUGAACGAUGA